GCCUCCCCUCGCCGCGCCAUGGCUGCUGCGGCCGGGGACGGCGCGGCCAAGCCGCUGCAGAGCGCCAUGAAGCUGGCCAACGGGGCCAUCGAGCUGGACACCGGCAACCGGCCCCGGGAAGCAUACAUGGAGUACCUGAGGAGCAUCCACUACAUCUCCCAGGUGUUACUGGAGGAAGUAGAGACAACUAGAGAAGCUGGGGAAACUGUGCUUCCUGACACAUCAAAGAUGCUGAAACUGGCAGAGCAGUGUCUGGAGAGGGCUCAGUCAACAGCUGCCAAGCUUGGGAAAAUGCACUUGAAGCCAGCCAUGCCCAUGGCUCCUCCAGCCCCCUUGCCCACCAGCCGCCACCGCCGGGUGUGUUCGGAUGAAGGAGGGAAGCUUUCUCCUUUCCUGCCACCAGAGAUCUUCCAGAAGCUGCAGGUGGCAGAAUCACAGACCUCUAAGAAGGAGCUGACACCACUGGAAGAGGCCUCUCUGCAAAACCAGAAGCUGAAGGCCACAUACGAGGCUAGGAUGGCCCGUCUGGACCCCAGCCAGGCAAUGCAGAAGACUUCACUGACCCUGUCUCUUCAGCGGCAAAUGAUGGAGAAUCUGGUGAUCGCCAAAGCCCGGGAGGAAACACUACAGCGGAAGAUGGAGGAGCGCCGCCUCCGGCUCCAGGAGGCUGCCAACAGGCGGUUCUGCAGUCAGGUUGCUCUGACUCCGGAGGAGCGGGAACAGCGGGCCCUCUAUGCAGCUAUCCUGGAGUAUGAGCAAGACCAUGACUGGCCAAAGCACUGGCGAGCCAAGCUCAAGAGAAGCCCAGGGGACCUGUCGCUGGUGACCAGCCUGGUCUCCCACCUGCUCAGUCUUCCCGACCACCCAAUUUCACAGCUCCUCAAGAAGCUCCAGUGUGCGGUGUACAGUGCUUUGUACUCCAUUGUGAGCCAGACAGCCAGUGCUGCAUCUGCUCCAGGCUGCUGCUCUCUGCCCCCAGAGACCGACAGAUCACUGGCUCCGGGAAGCCGGCGACUCCGGUCUUCUCAGAGUCUUUACUGCAUGCUGUCCCCACCAGAGCCUAGCACAGCCCCAAAGCCUCAGGAUGAACCCCCUGCUACCCCCUCUAUUCCCCAACUUCACCCUGGCCCCCUGGAGAGAGGGGCAGACAGCAGCUCAGCCAGGCCUCCAUCACCCCUGGUGGAUGCCUCAUCCCGCCUGCCAGACAAGGACAGCUCUUUUGAGGAUCUGGAACAGUUUUUGGCUUCAUCUGAGAGGUGGGGCCGGGGCCCUGGGGGGCACCCCGAGCCACAGACCCCGGGAGCAAAGAGGGAACCCAUGCUGGAGCAACUGAAGAACACAGUGAAGGACAUACACAAUGCCAUCGACAGGCUACUCUCGCUGACCCUUCUGGCCUUCGAAAGCCUGAACACAGCUGCCUCCAAGGACCGCUGCCUAGCCUGCAUCGAAGAGCCUUUCUUCUCCCCGCUGUGGCCCCUGCUGCUUGCCCUCUACAGGAGAGUGUACUACUCACAGGAGGCCGCCCUGAGUAGGAGCAUGGAGCUCUACAGGAAUGCACCCCCUACCACCCUUGGCAUCCCUACCAAGCUCCUCCCCCAGGACCCUGAGUCUAAGGGAGCCAGCACCUACCCCUACUUCACUGCAGCCCAGGAGCUGGGCCUGCUGGUCCUGGAAAGCUGCCCCCAGAAGAAGCUGGAAUGUAUUGUACGGACCCUGCGGGUCAUCUGCAUCUGUGCAGAAGACUACUGCCGAACCCAGGAGGCCAGGCCAGAGGCCGGACUCCAGCCCCACACGGCUGCCAUUGGUGCUGAUGACCUGCUACCAAUCCUGUCCUUUGUGGUGCUAAGGAGUGGCCUACCCCAGCUGGUGUCUGAGUGUGCAGCCCUGGAGGAAUUCAUCCAUGAGGGGUACCUGAUUGGAGAGGAGGGCUACUGCCUGACUUCACUGCAGAGUGCCCUGAGCUAUGUGGAGCUGCUGGCCCAGGGUGCCCUGGGCAGGUAAUGGAGACCAGACCCCAGAACGCAAAGGAGCUAGGGGCUACCGAAGACCACUCAGUAGCUUCCAUGCUGCUCUGCACCACCGGCACUGGAACACUAUGGGGAGGUUAGCUCUUGCUCCAGCCCUUGCUUCCCUCCUAACCCUAGAGGCCCAGGGACACUCUAGUGCCACCUCGCAACCAAACAGCAUGGGACUGAGUCAGCUUCUGGUGUCCUGCUGUUCUCUGUCCUGUGCUGGCCUCUUGAGACACCUCAUAAAGGGAAGCACUAGCUACUGCCCCCUAGGACCUGCAUACUCCCGACAGAGCCUCCUGCUGGGAAAGCAGGUUAGCAGUAGCUGUGGCUGUGCAUCAGUGCCGAGGAGCCAGGAAAUGGACCAAAAGCAGAGACAGCAAGUCUGGUUUUGAUUUCUCCAGUACUUUGUAACAGUCAGCAUUUGAGGCUUGUGAGAGCUAAGACUGAGAAUGCCCAGGAGGCCUGGGCAAAGUCAGGGUGAGGCUGUGCUGUUUGUCUGGUGGUGACUGCUUUGUUUCUCUGCUUACUUCUGCUGGCUCAGGUGUCCUUGCUCCAUGCCUGGGGCUCAGAGCUCUGCUCCCUCCCUGGUGGUGUUCUUUGCCACCUUGGCAGUAGAGUAUGAACCCUGGUUGAAUGGUGGCCAGUGCUCAUGGCUGUACAGCUUCUUCCAGGUCAGUGCAAACCCAAGGGUCAGCACCUGAUGGGUCAAUACCCAGUGUACCACCAACCCAGGAUAAAAUAAAGGUGAUGAUCUGUUA